AUGUGUAUAUAAACACAGUGCUUUUCGAGAUAGCGUCUUGUUUUMUACUCUCAAAAUGGAAGUAUUGAGCUCAGUUCUCUCUUUWUUAUCGACCCAUUGGGUUGGCACUUUAGUAAUAUGCCUCGUUAUUCUGUUUUGUUACUGGGGAAUCGCUCCGUACAGGCGAUCCKCCAUCGUUGCKCAAGUCGGAGACCUUCCAGGGCCACCACCAYURCCGUUUGUUGGUAACUCCUUGGAUUUGUUCCGUUAUAAGGGAMAAAUGCACCUACAGUUUGAUGACUAUUACAAGAAGUAUGGCCGUCUUUUUACAACGUUUCUUAUCAGUAGAAAACCUGCUCUUGUCAUUGGAGACCUCGAAAUGGUGAAGGAAUUGAUGGUGAAAGAGUUUCAGAGCUUUCACGAUCGUCCUGUAAGUAAGCUGCGUGUAUUUACGUUUGAAAUGCUUAGAUUUUUUCAAAGCUUGACAAUGGAGACUAUCUUGUCAUCAUUUUUUGGCUUGGAAUCCAAUGCCCAGACAAAUGACGAUGACAUUGCUUAUGCUGCUGCACGUAAAGCAAUGGGUUCAGCUGCUUGGCGACGAUUGUUUAUAUUUGUAAUCUUAUCGCUCCCGGGUGGUAAGCAGUUAUUGCAACUCCCCAUGCUUAACAACAUAGUAAUUGGUAACUUUACUCAACUUGUGGAUUUGUCUCAAGAAAUGAUUGARGUGAAGAAAAAGGCUGCAGCAAAUGGAAGAGCUAGCAAGGAUUUCUUAGACAUGAUGCUUGAAAACACUGACAAUGCCAAUUUACCAGAGGAAAAAAGACUGACUGAAGAUGAAGUKCUWGCACAAACCGUCAUCUUCCUUCUUGCUGGAUUUGAGAAUACAAGCAACCCACUCUCUUUGGUCUGUCAUCAUCUAGCCACUAAUCCAGACAUCCAGGAAAAGGCACAAGAAGAAAUUGAUAGYAUAUGGAGUGACAUGGACCAGCCACUAUCUUAUGACAUGGUUAAUUCCAUGAACUACCUGGAAAUGAUCAUCUCUGAAACACUUCGUCUUUAUCCUCCAGGAUUUAUGCUGGCUCGUAUCGCCAUUAAGGACUGUUCCAUAAAAGGCCUUCCCAUCAAAAAGGGUACAGUAGUACUCGUCCCUGGUUACAGCAUCCAACGUGACCCAGAGUAUUACCAAAACCCCGACAAGUUUGACCCAGAACACUUCAGUGCCGAAGCAAAGCAGUCRCGUGAUCCCUACGCUUACAUGCCGUUUGGUCACGGKCCUCGUAACUGUAUCGGCAUGAGGUUCGCAAUAUUUCAGAUGAAAUUGUUUCUAGCAAGGAUUCUGAAACAGUUCAGCUUGGUGGUUGGUCCGGAGACAAAAGUUCCUCUUGAAGUCCAAAUGAGGACAAUCUUGGGUUGUGGGAAAGAUGGAAUACAACUGCGUGUCAAGAGUAGGCAAUGAGACUGGUAAUUGUCUUUGUAAAAAAAGUUUGAAAGAAGUGCCAAUAACUGUGUUAAUUUGUGAUUAUGACGACAUGAUGAAAAGCGAUUCAUAAUGCUAAGUUUUGACAAAAUAAAAAUAACUUGGAAAUUGUUGUAAUAUUGAAUCAUCGAGAAGUUAGCUUGUCGUCGAAAGUGCAGCACAAUAUCUAAUGAUUUCAUUGACGGAAAAUACAAAGGAAAAGCAAUUAUACAAUUAUGCCAAGCCAGCUGGAGCUGGCAUCUUGUUUCCACGAACCGCUCGUAAAAUCGCGGGGAAAAGAUAUAUCAUAUAUAUAUGCGCCUAAGACCCGAUACGGUUAGUACACAUAAAUAUUAAAGAAGUAAAUAAAUAUA